AUGCGCGCCUCACUCGAUUCAAGUCUACUGCUCAUCCUUGCCAAUGCUCUGGCAGCAAAGGCACAGGCCCAGUCAUGCCCCGAGAUCCACAUCUUUGGCGCCCGUGAGACAUCCGUAGCACCUGGUUUUGGCUCAGCUGGCGCACUGGUUGAUAUGAUCAAGGCGGAUCACCCAGGUGCUACCUCAGAGGCCAUUGACUACCCUGCGUGCGGUGGCCAGGCGUCUUGUGGUAAUGUUGAGUAUGGUGCUUCAGCGAAGCAAGGUACCGAGGCCGUUACCACUGCUGUAAAUGGACUCAAUGAGAGGUGUCCUGACACCAAGAUUGUUAUGAUUGGUUACUCUCAAGGUGGCCAGAUCAUGGACAACAACAUCUGUGGAGGACCAGACAACGGAGCUUCAAUCUCUGAUUCUAGCGUUCCUCUGUCAGCAAGUGCAGUUGAACAAGUCAAGGCCGUCGUGAUGCUGGGCAAUCCCCGAUUCAUCAACGGUCUGGUUUAUGGAGUCGGAACCUGUGAUGCUGGUGGCUUUGAUGCUCGGCCCGAAGGUUUCGGCUGCCCCAACGCCGACAAAGUUCAGAUCUACUGCGACGCAGAAGAUCCUUUCUGUUGUAACGGUAACGACUCUGCUCAUCACCAGCAGUAUGUGAAUAUCUACGGAAAGGAGGCUUUGGAGUUUGUCAACUCUAAACUCUCAGGUGCUGCAGCUGGUGGAAACGCUGGCAAUGGAACUGAUGCGGGAGCUGGAAACAAUGGAGAUGCCAAUGGAGACGCUACUAACACCGGCGGAAACACGGGUAAUGUUGGUGGCAAUACCGGUAACACUGGAGGGAACACUGGCUUCCCUGGAGGAGAUACUGGAAAUGCUGGAAACAACGGAAAUGCUGGUGGAAACUUUGGUGGUAACUUUGGCCAGGGCGGUAACUUUGCGAAUGCUGGCAACGCGCAACCAAAUGGUAACAAGUGCUAA